AUAAAUAAAUUUAAUAGGAUCUUACAAUGAAUUUGCUGCCAAGAACCCGCGAAGAAUUUGCGCAAACAGAUUACUGGAAUGAGUUCUUCAAAAAACGCGGUGAAAAGGCUUUUGAAUGGUAUGGCGAGUAUAUAGAACUUUGCGACCAAAUACACAAGUAUAUAAAGCCAGUAGACAAAAUAUUAAUGCUUGGCUGCGGCAAUUCAAAGCUUAGUAUGGAUAUGUACGACGCGGGAUAUCGUGAUAUUACUAAUAUUGACAUCUCAUCAGUUGCCGUAAAAAAGAUGAUAGACCUGAAUGCGAAAACGCGACCAGAUAUGAAAUUCAUUAAGAUGGAUGCAACGAAAAUGUCAUUUCCUGAUGCGAGUUUUUCCGUAGCGUUAGAUAAGGGCACAUUGGACGCCAUAUUUGUAAAUGAUUCCGCAGAAACCAAAGAGAUUGUGGAUAGAUAUUUUACAGAAAUACUACGCACAAUGCGCAAUGGCGGACGAUACGUAGGUAUAUCCAUGUUGCAGGAGCACAUCAUUGAGUAUCUGCUGGAGUUUCUACCUCGAAAUAAUUGUAUGUUGCGAAUUGUGCAUUGUCUGGAUGUGGAGCGCGCUAAUAGAGAAAACAAUUCAGAGGACUCGCUAAUAUUUCCUGUCUUUGUCAUAAUUGCAACCAAGUUCAAUAGCCUACCAAUGCCGAUUCUUGAGUUUGGAUUUGGCAACGAAAAAAUGCAACGUUUUAGUUGCUCAAGAGAAAUGACAACUGCUGUGGCAUCUGUGCAAAAAGCAGCACUAGUUUGCAAUGGACUAGCACGCUCAAGUAUAGCUGGUCAUAAUGAAGUCACAAUGGAUCUAUAUCGAGCUUCAGAAGAAAUGCCACGAUACACCGUACACGUCCUAGAGCAAAUGUCCGCUCGUGGGCUGGGAAAAUAUGCUGCAUUUAUUGUUCCGCAAGGCCGUGAAACUGAGUGGCUUUUUGCGACAACAGAGGGUCGUAGAAAGCUUCUGGAAUCGGCCAAAUUUCAACGAUUAGCCGUGGUGACAUUACAUCGCGAUCAGAUUUAUAGCACGCUUGAGGAGGUAAAAAGUGAAUUAGGUUAUAGCAUAAUGAAUCUGGCGCCUGCUGGCCUUAAAGAACAGAUUCCCUAUUUAUCAUUGGGCUCUGAGGUAGGCAAGCGGGAGACGCUAAUUUGUGGCUUCUCUAAGCUAUCGGGAGACUUUCGUAUUGAAGAGGUAGAAGUUGAUGGUAAAAUACUACGUCGCCUUAUCUUUCUUAAGAAUCAGUUUGUUGUCCAAUCGGAAGCGUUAGUAAAAACAGUUAAAAUUAAAGGAAAAAAGGAUCGCAAAAAAAUUGAUUUUGGCUACUUGGCUUGCCAUCAUCAUGUCUACAUGUCUGUAGGUGUGCAACUUGCCGCAACUAUGGAGUGCUCUAAAAGAGAUAUACAGAACGAUGUGCUAGUCAUUGGGCUCGGUGGCGGUGGACUAUGCAGUUUUCUACACGCAGCAUAUCCUCAAACGCGUAUUACAGCUGUUGAAAUAGAUCCUAUAAUGUUAGAAGUAGCUGAGCAAUAUUUUGAGCUUAAGCAAGAUAAUCGCCUUCACGUGGUUAUCGAUGAUGGGCUUGCCUUCGUGGAACGCUGUUGUAAUGAAGGCAUCCAGUUUGGAGCAGUGCUUUUUGAUGUGGAUAGCAAGGAUCUUUCGGUGGGCAUGAGCUGCCCUCCAAAAAGUUUUCUUGCAAAUAAAGUACUUAUAGACAUAAAACAGAUAUUAGGACCAACUGGUCUAUUUAUGUUAAAUCUAGUGUGUCGGGAUGAUAGUUUGCGGAACGAAACGAUAGCCAAUUUGAAGCAACAUUUUGUUUCAGUCUGUAGUUAUAAAUUGGACGAAGAUAUCAAUGAAAUUGUCUUCUGUGCCAACAACGAAUGCUAUAAAACGAUCGACCAAUGGAAGAAACACAUGGGCACAGCUGGACGUCGUCUUAACAAUGCUGUUAAAGAUCAGAAAUUGAGCGACAAGGAUGCGCUUGACGUUGCGGAUUUUCUCAGUGAAUUGAAAAUAUAAAA